AUGUGUGACAAGCAACCGGAAGAGGUGGCAAGGUGCCAAAAAAAAAAUGGUGUGACAAGGAUCAUUCAAUUUGACACCACACUCACCAACCUGACAACCACUCUGGCCAUCAGCAACAUGUUGUCACAUGCUGCUUUGUGGGGGGGGAUCAAGGAGUCCAAUGGCCCCAAGAAGUGCAUGGAGUGUAGCAUUGCCAUAUAUCCCAUUUCCCCCCCCCCCCCCAACGAUCCCAGUGAGGAAGCGAUGGAAGUUGACAGGACAGAGACAAGUGGGACCCAAGGGUCCACUGAACCUGCCUCCAACACUCCUGCUGCUCCCACUGGUUCUCCCUCUCAUGGCCCUCCCACUACUGGCAGCACUUCUGCCACUCCCACUCCCACGAAGACUCCCCAGAAGACUCCAGGGAAGAAACCAAUGAACCUUGUGCCUCAGAAAGCACCCAUUCAGGAAAUCCCCAUGACAAAGGAGGAAACAAUCAACUUCUCCUUGUCUGAUGAUGAUAGUGAAUCCUUCCCAGCCCUUUCUGCCAUCACGUCACUAUACACAGGCUCCAACACUGCAGCCAACCCCAACAUGGACACUGAUGCCCCUCCACCAAUAUCCAAGGCCUCAUUGGAUGCUCUGAACAAGUACCUCCAGUCACUGCAGUUCGAUUGCUAUGAGAUGCCCUGUGUGAUGGAGGUGGAGACCACCUUGGCAAUGAUGCCAAGGGACUUCCAGAGUCAGGUCAAUGAGGGUCUGGUGGUCCUUGUAGGUCCACCAGGGUCUACCACAUUUAAUAUCCCUACGCUCUAUCGCCUUGUGGUGUUUUCAUCUGAUGUGGAGUGCAUUGACUCAGAUAUGCUUCAAAAGAAGCUGCCAAAGAGAUGUGUUGUUGGAACAUCCCAGCCUCUGAUUGUGACCACUGCCUCACGGUACACCCAUGCAUACCAAGAGGUAGAGAAGCUCCUUAAUGCACAAAAAGUUGUGCUGGCCAACUUCCCUGACCAUCACUUCACUGGUGAUGUUCAUGCCUGGCAAGGUCCUUUGAUCUCUGCCAUGGGGUUGAUACAACCACCUUUGCAGAAUCCCAACAGUGUUGGGAUUAGCUUGCACUGUGUCAUGGGGCAUGUCGUAUUUUUCCUUCCCAUCCUACAAGCCAGUCAGCACUUGAUCAUGGCUUUCAAUGACAUGGAGACAUCUACAUCUCUGGGGUUCGAGUACCUUUACCACCCACCCCACACCUUCACAUCCAUUGUUCUCUUGCCUUGUCAAACCAUGAUCUUUCCACCAGGGCAGGUUUAUGCAUACACAACAGUUUCUCUGGAAGAGCAGGAACCAAACACCUUUGACGUUCUCCUGGAGGAGUUUUCUGACCUCAAGAUCGCGAAUUGUGCAUGGAAUCCUGAAGAGAUGGAUGCACAAGAGCAUGAGGAAUGCUGUACAAAGAGUAUCUCCUUUCGCAAGAACAUGUUGGAAGCGAUCAAACACAUUGUUCCUGAGCCUGGGGAUGAGUAAAGCUUUCUUUCCCUUCCGACUUCCCC